AUGAGCAGCAUUCAACUUUCGAAGGGAGACUUCCACAGCAUCUUCACCAACAAGCAGAGGUACGAUAAUCCUACCGGUGGCGUUUACCAGGUUUACAAUACCAGGAAGUCAGAUGGUGCCAAUAGCAACAGAAAGAACCUGAUCAUGAUUUCAGACGGUGUCUACCACAUGAAGGCUCUUUUGAGAAACCAGGCCGCGUCCAAAUUCCAGUCGAUGGAGCUACAAAGGGGCGAUAUGAUUCGCGUGAUAGUUGCUGAACCUGCUAUUGUCAGAGAAAGGAAAAAGUACGUUCUUUUGGUUGAUGAUUUUGAGCUAAUCCAAUCCCGUGCAGAAAUGGUCAACCAGGCCAGUACAUUUUUAGAUAAUUACUUCUCGGAGCAUUCAAAUGAAACCUUAAAGGAUGAAGAUAUAACCGAUAACGGCAAUGCCGCUAACCAAGCAAACGCCGGCAAUGCCGGAGUUCCAGAUAUGCUCCAUUCAAACUCAAACCUAAAUGCUAACGACAAAAAGUUCUCCAACGAAAGCUCUGGCUCUCAAAAAUCCAAACCGAUUUUUGCCAUUGAACAAUUGUCUCCAUACCAAAACGUUUGGACGAUCAAGGCAAGAGUUUCCUACAAGGGAGAAAUCAAGACCUGGCACAAUCAAAGAGGUGAUGGGAAAUUGUUCAAUGUCAAUUUUCUAGACACCUCUGGGGAAAUCAGAGCCACUGCUUUCAACGACUUCGCUACCAAGUUUAACGAAAUUUUGCAAGAGGGCAAAGUAUACUACGUUUCAAAGGCAAAGCUGCAACCAGCUAAGCCUCAGUUUACCAACUUGACUCAUCCUUAUGAGCUCAAUUUGGAUAGAGACACCGUCGUCGAAGAAUGUUUUGACGAAAGCAAUGUUCCAAAGACCCAUUUCAACUUCAUCAAAUUAGAUGCUAUCCAAAACCAAGAGGUAAACUCCAACGUGGAUGUUCUGGGCAUUAUCCAAACUAUCAACCCACAUUUCGAACUAACUUCCAGAGCUGGAAAAAAAUUUGAUCGUCGCGAUAUCACAAUUGUCGACGAUUCUGGGUUUUCUAUCUCAGUCGGUCUGUGGAAUCAGCAAGCCCUUGACUUCAACCUCCCCGAAGGUUCUGUUGCCGCCAUCAAAGGUGUUCGAGUAACAGAUUUUGGCGGAAAGUCUUUAUCUAUGGGGUUUUCAAGUACUUUAAUUCCCAAUCCAGAAAUUCCUGAAGCGUAUGCUCUAAAGGGGUGGUACGAUUCUAAGGGACGUAAUGCCAACUUCAUCACUUUAAAGCAAGAACCCGGGAUGGGCGGUCAAUCAGCUGCUGGCUUAACGAAAUUUAUUGCUCAACGUAUAAACAUUGCUAGGGCUCAAGCCGAAAACUUGGGAAGAAGUGAAAAAGGUGAUUUUUUCAGUGUUAAGGCUGCUAUUAGUUUCUUGAAGGUCGACAAUUUUGCAUAUCCUGCCUGUUCCAAUGAAAACUGUAACAAGAAAGUCUUGGAACAACCUGAUGGUACUUGGAGAUGUGAGAAAUGUGAUACCAACAAUGCAAGCCCUAAUUGGAGGUACAUAUUGACAAUCUCAAUCAUUGACGAAACUAACCAACUAUGGCUAACUUUGUUCGAUGACCAAGCUAAACAAUUGCUUGGAGUUGACGCUAAUGGUUUAAUGUCUUUGAAGGAGGAGGAUCCCAAUGAAUUUACGAAAAUUACCCAAAGCAUCCAAAUGAACGAAUAUGACUUUAGGAUCAGAGCACGCGAAGAUACAUACAACGAUCAAAGCAGAAUCAGAUAUACUGUUGCCAACCUACACAGUUUGAAUCACAAGGCUGAAGCUGAUUAUUUGGCAGACGAGUUAUCCAAGGCUUUGUUGGCUUAA